UUAAUCCAGUGGAUAGUCGACAGGCGUUAGUUAAACGAAGCUUGUGAAGUGCCACGUUAGAGAACAGAACACUCUUCUUCUUCUCUCUGGAAGGAACAGGCUCUUCUUCACGAGAAAUUAUUACUCUCUCUACUUUAUCAUUAGCUUUUAUUUCAGUGUUUGACUUUUUGCGUUGUUGCUUCGUUGUGUGUGCACUCGGUUCUGUUUGGCGUCUGGACAAAAAACAUGGGGGAAGAAGAAGAAGAAGAAGUGAGCGUCACCGCUUUGCAUCAUCCAAACAGCGGAAACGAUGAUCAGAGCCUCGAAUUCGAUAUAUAUCCUUUGAGCAGUUACUAUUUUGGAUCCAAAGAUGCUGUUCCCUCCAAAGACCUCACCUUAGUUGAUCGUGUUCUCAGGAUGAAGUCCAACUAUGCUGCCAGUGGAAUACGAACCUGCGUGGAAGCUGUCUUACUGGUUGAAUUGUUCAAACAUCCUCAUUUGUUGCUGUUGCAAAUAAGAAAUUCCAUAUAUAAACUUCCUGGUGGCCGAUUAAGGCCAGGUGAAUCAGAUACUGAUGGGUUGAAGCGUAAGCUGGCAAGGAAGCUCUCUGUGAAUGAAGAUGGGGACGGGUCAGAAUGGGAGGUGGGUGAAUGCCUUGGAAUGUGGUGGAGGCCUGAUUUUGAAACAUUAAUGUAUCCCUUCAUUCCACCUAAUGUAAAAAAGCCAAAGGAGUGUACCAAAGUCUUCCUUGUGAAGCUGCCAGAGAGUAGAAAGUUCAUUGUGCCUACAAACAUGAGGGUGCUUGCAGUUCCGUUGUGCCAAGUUCAUGAAAAUCACAAGACAUAUGGGCAAAUUAUAUCAGGGGUCCCACAGCUGCUGUCAAAAUUCUCUUUCAACAUGAUAGAAUCUUGAUACCUGAUUGCAACCUAUUUUAUCAUCCAGGGUGAAGGGACUAAGGCUUUGCUCGUUAGAAUCCUCUCCUCAUGUCGCGUCCAGACUCCAGACACAGACUUGUAUAUAUCAUGGCUUUCUAGUUUCUAUACGAAAAAUUAUACUGUAAUGUUGAAAAUAGCUACAUGUAUCAUACUUGCAUGGUUAGUGUGAAAUUUUCUUCAGAGUAAUGGAGUUCGAUUGGUUCUUUAA